AUGGCGAAUCUUUCUAAACGUGAAUUUGUUGCCUUGGAUAUAUCCGGCAAUAGCUAUCUAUCUUGGGUUCUUGACGCCGAAAUUCACCUUGAUGCGAUGGGUCUGGCGGACACCAUCAAAGAUAAAAAUCAGGCAUCAAAUCAAAACCGUGCCAAGGCAAUGAUAUUCCUCCACCAUCAUCUUGUUGAGAACUUGAAAUUGGAAUAUCUCACUAUUAAAGAUCCUCUUACACUGUGGAAUAAUUUGAAAGAUAGAUAUGACCACCUGAAGAUGUUGAAAUUAUGUGGUGAAAAUAUUACUGAUCAUGAUAUGCUGGAGAAAAUGUUCUCCACUUUUCCUGCCUCGAGUAUGCUCCUGCAGCAGCAAUAUCGAGAGAGGUUCAAGAAAUAUUUUGAACUAAUUUCACAUCUUCUAGUAGCUGAACAACAUAAUGAAUUAUCAAUGAAAAAUCAUGAAAGCCGACCUAUUGGUACUGCCCCAUUCCCUGAAGUGAAUGAGGCAAAUUUUUGCCAUUCUAGGCGUGGAAGAGGUCGUGACCCCAAUCGUGGUCAUGGCCGUGGUCGAGGAAGAAAUUUUAAUCAUGAUUCUCGACUUGGAGAGCUGCUCAAGAUUUAA